GCCCCUCCGGCCAUGGACCUCACUCAGCUUAUCAUUCAGUUUCAGCGGAUGAAUGCACCAACCUUUGCGGGGACUGAGAACCCCACACCAGUGCUAGAGUGGAUCAAAGAACUGGACAAGAUCUUCGCUGUGCUUCCCCUCCCUGACCGUCAGCGGGUGUCCCUUGCCGCUUAUCAGAUGAAGGAGGACGCCUCCGACUGGUGGAUUGACCACUGGGCUAGGAGGCCAGAGGCGGAGCUCCAUGCUCUUACUUGGGAGCAAAUGAAGAUGAUGGUGCGAAGCAAGUUUGUCCCCCAGAGCUUUUGGGACAGAAUGGAGCAUGAAUUCUACCACUUGCAGCAGGGUAGUUCCACAAUGGAUGAGUAUGUCCGUACCUUCACCUGCAUGUGCCUUUUUGCGGGCGACGCUGUGAACACCGACGCCAAGAAGUCUCGCAAGUUCCUCAAAGGGCUCAACCAGAGGAUUCGUGAGUUGGUGGGCACCUGCCCGAAAUGCAGCCGAUCCCACAGUGGCGAGUGCUUAGCUAACCAGCGCAACUGCUUCAACUGUAACCGUCCGGGACAUUAUGCCAAUGUCUGCCGUGAGCCGAAGAGACAGCAACAGCAACAGCCGCCCUACCCUCAGCAGCAGCAACAGCUUCCCCCACCGCCCCCACACCAGCAACAGCAGCCCCCGCCGUUCCAGCAGAGGGCUGGGGGUCAGGCCCGUGUCUAUACCAUCACCCAUGAUGAGGCCGCUCGCAACACAGGUACCAUGUCCGGAAUGCUUUCAAUAUCCCAUGUGCCUGUUUUUGCUUUAUGUGAUACUGGUGCUACCCAUUCGUUUAUAUCAUCUCGUUGUUUGGAGGCCUUAUCUAUUAUCACUGUGCAUGCUUGUGAUCCUCUCGAGGUUAGCUUGGCCUCGGGAAAAAUUAUUAUCUCUGAUUCUGUGGUUCGCAAUCUUCCUAUUUGUAUUGGUGGUCGAGUUCUGGAGGCCGAUGCCUAU